AUGGAAUCUAUACAAGAUCAUGUCAAUAAUUACCCAGUAAAUAUUGUUCAGGGGAAGAUAUUUGAUGGUAUGAAGACCUCUUCAUCCAUAGAAACAUGUGUAACAUCAACCUCAACCCAGGAUAUACCACUGAAUCAAAGCGGAGAGAUUAACUUUGAGAAUACAAUCAAUUCAACUUGUGUAGUCUCAGUUACAAAAGAUUCAAUCGUAGAUGCCAUUACUACUGUUACUAAGGAAAUCAAAAUUCGUUCGCGACUUUAUUAUACUGAAAGAUCACUACUAGUUGGGACAAUUGGAACUUCUAUAAAAAGUCUUGGGGUAGCAUUUAGUAUAAUAAAUGGGAACUAUUGGUAUGGGCUAUAUUUCUUAUACUUCUUUUCUAUUAUUCCAACGAUGUUCUUUGCCACAAGACAUAAUUCUGCUAACUACUUAUAUAUUGCUAUAAGUCAAAUAUUCUUGUUAUUUGCUCUUGCUACAUGGAUUAGAAAUUUGAUAAUAUUGUCAAUUAAGGUCAGGCAUAAUCAAUUCAAUUUGGAAUCAAAGAGUAUUUUUCUAGUAUUGGAUAUUACCAUUACACUGGGACUGAUGAUUGGCUUAGUAACAAAUAUAAUAAAUAUCUUAAAAAUUAGGAAGAUAUUUAAAAAAUUAAAUAGUCAAUAUUUAGACCUGUGUAUUGGGCAUAGAUUGAUUAGUAGUUGGAUAUGCUUUGGUAAGAAGGAAUGUAUAGUUUCAAUUCCAAUAUGUAGUAAUUAA